AAACUGUGUAUAGGUUUUGUGACAAUAAAAAUAGUUAUAAGUGGUUUUCAAAACGAUACUUUUGUACUGUCACCAAAUAAAAACAACAAUAGGAAAUGCCAACCAAAUCAGACAACCCAACUUUCGGUUACACUUACCAUUUACCGACAGGAGGAUGGUCGGCGAAAUUGCGAAACGUUUUAUCGCAAUUUUCGGAUAUUUUUAGUGAAUUCGAUAAGUACAUAGCUCCAGCUUAUCAUCACGAUCGUUGCGAAAGAUCCGUUCAAAUGAGGUUAUACUCGAUGCACAAAAGAGAACUGUGUGCUGUAUUUAUGACUUUUUUCAUAUCGUUUGGUUUGGGAAUAUUUGUAGGCGUUGCAGGUCCUCCAAUAACAAUGAGCACCGCUGUGGAUGGAAUCUCCUUGUUACCGAAAUAUAAUAAUACCAGCAAAAAUAUAGCUACUGGACCGUUCAUAAUGAAAACACCAAAACUAUCGACUUAUUCCCAACAACUUUGGAUUAUAGCUAAAUUAUCUAUAGAAAAUAUGGACGGAGAAAUCAUAGAUAAAUUAUUUGGGGUAUCAGUAGCCCUAUCAGGAUUAUCUGAAGAACAUAAGCCAGUUACCGUAUUGGAUAUUAAUAGUAACAAUAGAUCCCGUCAUUUAAAAUGUGAAAAACGUUGUGAUGAAUUCGUUGUGGCGCAUUUGGGAUAUUUAGAUUUUACCCAUUAUAUUGUUGCAGUGAAAUUCUACGGACUGGAAGCUUUUCAUUCAAGAUACAACAUUAACGAGUUAUUAUUUUACUUUAAAACUUACAACCCUUCUUUCACUCAAAUCGAAAUAUGGUUCAGAUUCAUCUUUUUAAUAUCUACUUUCAUCAUCACAAUCUGGUACCAGAAUUCCCUAAGAAAAUAUCCGAUGUGUAACUGGUCUAUUGAGCAAAAGUGGAUCUCGUGGUUGUUACCGUUACUUAUGGCAUAUGACAAUCCGGUAUUUCCCAUGUCAUUUUUAAUAAAUUCAUGGUUGCCUGGUAUGAUUGACGCGUUCGCUCAAACUACAUUCAUAUGCGCUCUUCUAAUGUUUUGGUUAUGCAUAUAUCAUGGCCUAAGACAGAAUGAUCGCCAUGCCCUGACAUUUUAUUUUCCAAAAUGCUUCAUCGUCUUCAUGAUGUGGUUGCCAGCUAUGAUUUUAGCUACAUGGGGUAGAAUAUAUGAACUACAAGACCCAACUUUUGAUCCAACAGUCGAUACUUCUAAUUUUUACGUUGUUAAAGCGUUUUUCUAUAUUUUUGGUAUAAUAUAUUUAAUGUAUUUAUCAAGUUUGAUGUUGAGAGCUUAUUCCGAAUUAAGAUCUAUGCCUUAUUUCGUUCUUCGUUUAAGAUUUCUAACACUAUUGGUUCUGAUUGUAUUGCUAAUAACUUCAAUAGUAACUCUAUUGAGAUAUGGAGUUGGGGUAUUAGAAGAUAGUUUCGUUGCUCGACUGAAUACCCAUUAUAGUAAUUCCUCAGAAUUUAUGUGUUUUUAUGGAGUUUUGAACUUUUAUGUGUACACAAUGGCAUACGUUUACUCUCCUGGAACUAAAGAUGUCCAUGAUAUAGUUAUAACCAAAGAUAACCCGGCGUUCUCUAUGAUAAACGAUUCAGACGAAGAUGUUAUUUACGGAUCAGAAGAAGAAAGUCGUCAGCCAUUGACUCAAACAAGAAACGACGAUGAUAGCGAUUGAAUAUUUAUAAAUUUUUCAUAAAGAUUCUAUUAAUUCAAUCGGUUACAAAAGUUCCAGAUAGAAUGCUAAAUUUUUGACUACAAUAUUAUUGUUCAAGUUGUUGUCUGUAGAGAGCUUUGUUGAAAAAAGAAGAUUUUUGAAGUUUUUACCAAACUUUUUAGAUGCCAAAGCAUCGAAUGCUACUAGAUUUUUUUUAAAUCGAGAUUGUCCUGUUACAAAAAUUUACAAAAUCAUAUAUUUACCAACAAUUUCAUUUUUAACACUAAAUGUUACAAUUAAUAUUAUUCACACUGGAAACACUGGUAACAUACACUGAGAAAAGUAUUUAUUUAUCUUCGCACAGCAUAAUUUGUGUUGUGGUAAAUGUCUAAGGAUGAAGGAUGAAGAGGAUUUACUUUUGCUUAGAUAUCUUCAUAGCAGUAAACGAAAUUUUAAGUGCAUCUCCAUAUCUACCGUAACUUCAUAAAAAAUUAUUUAUUAUUGCCAAAGAUGUCUCCAAAUUCAAACUCAAUUCUAAUAUUCAUUAUCAACGGCAUAUAAACUUAAAAAUACACAAAGAUUGGUAGGAAAGCUUACCUUCAAUCCCUGAAGAUGAUAGCUUGGUCGUCGAAACGCGCGUCAGACAGUGUAAUUGUGAGUUGUAAUGGUAGCAGUCAACAGUGUGUUCAUUAUGAAUAUCUCCCAACUUUAUAGUGCAGUGAUUUAAUUUUCGAACAUAUUUGGAACUAACUUCGUCAAUUAUUAUUACAAUCAUAUUAUCCGCACGAGAUUGACUGAUUUUUAUAAAAAUGCAAGUUUUCGAAAAGAAGAUUCGAAAAGCUGAGAACUCACCUCAACAUCCAGAUGAAGGAGCUGACCAACUGAGUCUGGUACCCAAAGACGAGAAAACAGCGAAACCACGACCAGCAUUGAGAACACCCAAACUAACAAGAAAACCUGGUUAUGAAGAUUGGUAGGAUUUCACAUAUUUGACAAGUCAUUCUAGAGACUAUGAAAAGUAUCCAAGAAAAAGCUAGUAACGUGUCAACUACAAGAAAAGAAGAAAAUAGCCGUAACCUCAUUUUAAAUGGUGCAUUCUGAAACGAAUGGAUUUGGAUAAGUAUGUAACGUACUACGUUUCGUCUAUUGUGUCUCAAUGACUAUAAGUUCCAUGUGCAGAAUGCCUAAGUGUUAUUUUAUUUUCUUAUUUUUCUCAGUGUAGCUUGUUUUUUCAGUUUGUUGUUGUUGUUUGAGGUUUUUCUACACUUCGGAUGAUUUAAAAAUUUUGUCUCAACCCAAAGAGAUCAGUACUGACUGAUUAAGUUAAUGUCGAAUGGAAUUCAAAUUUUCCAAUUUUCACAGAUAAUGGUAAAUAUUUCCGAAACAAUUGGAGAUAUAUAUGACACUCAAGAAUUUUCUGCAGAAUCAGAAAUAUGGCUCCGUUACCUUAGAGCACGACAGCUUCCGAUUUCAAAAAUUUUAAUUUCGAUUGUUUCCGAUCGCCACAAAGUUUGUGCUCCAACAAGAUCUUCGAGCACACUUUUGACUAUUGAUUUGACGCCUUUACUGUGCAUCGCAAACUGUUUUGAUGGUGUCGCUUUCUAUCGCAAAAUGUCUUCUUGUUUGAACCCGAUCGCCACAAAGUACGUGCUCCAACAAGAUCUUGGAGCACACUUUUGACUAUUGAUUUGACGCCUUUACUGUGUAUCGCAAACUGUUUUGAUGGUGUCGCAUUCUAUCGCAAAAUGUCUUCUUGUUUGAACCCGAUCGCCACAAAGUACGUGCUCCAACAAGAUCUUGGAGCACACUUUUGACUAUUGAUUUGACGCCUUUACUGUGCAUCGCAAACUGUUUUGAUGGUGUCGCUUUCUAUCGCAAAAUGUCUUCUUGUUUGAACCCGAUCGCCACAAAGUACGUGCUCCAACAAGAUCUUGGAGCACACUUUUGACUAUUGAUUUGACGCCUUUACUGUGUAUCGCAAACUGUUUUGAUGGUGUCGCAUUCUAUCGCAAAAUGUCUUCUUGUUUGAACCCGAUCGCCACAAAGUACGUGCUCCAACAAGAUCUUGGAGCACACUUUUGACUAUUGAUUUGACGCCUUUACUGUGCAUCGCAAACUGUUUUGAUGGUGUCGAUUUCUAUCGCAAAAUGUCUUCUUGUUUGAACCCGAUCGCCACAAAGUACGUGCUCCAACAAGAUCUUGGAGCACACUUUUGACUAUUGAUUUGACGCCUUUACUGUGCAUCGCAAACUGUUUUGAUGGUGUCGCAUUCUAUCGCAAAAUGUCUUCUUGUUUGAACCCGAUCGCCACAAAGUACGUGCUCCAACAAGAUCUUGGAGCACACUUUUGACUAUUGAUUUGACGCCUUUACUGUGCAUCGCAAACUGUUUUGAUGGUGUCGCAUUCUAUCGCAAAAUGUCUUCUUGUUUGAACCCGAUCGCCACAAAGUACGUGCUCCAACAAGAUCUUGGAGCACACUUUUGACUAUUGAUUUGACGCCUUUACUGUGCAUCGCAAACUGUUUUGAUGGUGUCGGUUUCUAUCGCAAAAUGUCUCCUUUCAUUUAUUGUUUGUUUGAACUCGAUCGCAAAAAGUGUAUUAUCAUAAAUGACGCUGCAACGGCGGCGUCGCAAAACUAUCUGAUGACGUCGCGUUCUAUCGCAAAAUGAUCGCAAUUGAAAUUGUUGAAAUAAGAUGUCGUGCUCCAAGGUACUGAGAUUCCGAAAUAUUCAUUUUAUGUAAAAAGUUUAUUUAUUAUCAAAUUAAUUCCAUUUGGUUGGAAUGCACUUUUAUUUAGUUUAUUUUAAACUUUGGAUGUAUCCCUUUUGAUAUCUCCCUGUAUAUAUGGUCCAACAAUGUUCGAAAAUGGUUAUUGAAUUUACAUGUAACACAAUGAAUGUUUACGUGUAUUAAUUUAAAUAUUAACGAUGUUUUU